CGCCUCAUUUUGAGACUAUGACUACCACCACAUCGGGAAUUCCCCCCAAAACCCUAAAACGCUCUAAAACCCUACUGAAAGUGAAACCCUUGCCACCAUGAUCUGAGCUUCCAUCCUUCUCUCCUUCUUCUUCAAUUCUCCUCUCUAUCUUUCCCUUCUAGGCUUCAGAAAGCAGCGCCUUUUGCCGGGGAGCUAUGAAUAGGCUUCUCGGAAGCUCAUGUCUGAAGCGCGCUCUUUUUUCCUCACCAGAGAGUAGCACUUGGCAGCUUUAUAGGCAAGGGACUAUUUUGCCUGUCUUCCAACUCCGCAGUUUCUCUGCUAAAGGGAGAAGGAAAUCAAAAUCUGAUGGAAGUGACUCUGGAGAGGAGAAUCUUUCAAAGAAAGACCUUGCUUUACAACAAGCUUUGGAUCAAAUUACAACUUCAUUUGGAAAAGGUGCUAUCAUGUGGCUUGGUCGCAGUAACACCCCUCGAGAAGUGCCAGUUGUUUCUACAGGAUCCUUCUCAUUGGAUAUGGCACUCGGAAUUGGUGGGCUUCCUAAGGGGCGGGUAGUUGAGAUAUAUGGUCCAGAAGCUUCAGGGAAAACAACUCUCGCCCUCCAUGUAAUUGCUGAAGCACAGAAAAGCGGAGGUUAUUGUGCUUUUGUUGAUGCUGAGCAUGCUCUUGAUCCAGCAUUAGCAGAGGCUAUUGGUGUAAAGACUGAUAAUUUACUCCUUUCACAGCCUGACUGUGGUGAGCAGGCUCUUGGUUUGGUGGAUACCUUGAUUCGAAGUGGCUCUGUUGAUGUUGUUGUUGUUGACAGUGUUGCCGCUCUUGUGCCAAAGAGUGAACUCGAUGGCGAAAUGGGAGAUGCACACAUGGCUCUUCAAGCGAGGUUGAUGAGCCAAGCUCUUCGCAAGUUGAGUCAUUCACUAUCUCUCUCUCAGACGAUCUUGCUAUUUAUUAAUCAGGUGAGGUCAAAACUGAGUACAUUUGGAGGAUUUGGAGGACCGACUGAAGUUACUUCUGGUGGAAAUGCAUUGAAAUUUUAUGCAUCAGUCCGUUUGAACAUCAAACGAAUUGGCUUGGUCAAGAAAGGAGAAGAGCAGACUGUAGGAAGCCAAGUCCUGGUGAAGAUAGUGAAAAAUAAGCACGCGCCACCUUUCAAGACUGCCCAGUUUGAGCUUGAAUUUGGCAAAGGCAUUUGCCGUGAUUCUGAGAUCAUAGAACUGGGCUGCAAGCACAAGUUGAUCACAAAAGGAGGGGGUGGUUAUUACAACCUGAAUGGCCAGAAUCUCCGUGGUAAAGACGCAGUUAAACGAUAUUUCACAGAGAACGAGGAUGCUCGAGAAGAACUUAUAAUGAAACUCAGGGAGAAAUUGAUGCACCCCGAAAAGGAGAACAAAGCUGAACGAGACAGUUUGACUCCCGAUGCGAUCACGUCUGACACUACCACCACUGACGAGGAAGUAGUCACUGCUGUUGAGGCAUAAUAGCAUCGUAAACUUUUUCAACGGAGCAUGUGCUUCUACUGCCAAAGCCGUAGCAUGAAUUCUCCCAACUGGAAAGCCGAAAUCUUCGGUUGGCAGGGAUAUAUGCGUCCAAAAAUCUCGACGCAGCUUAUUUUGGAUCACCGGGCCCUUCAUUUUGUAGACGUCCUGGGUGAUUGUAUGUUUGUGAUCUAUAUGUUACCUGGUUAUUGAGCUUUGAUUCUAGCAUUUGAAAGAAGAUGAGAGGCUCUGGCAAAUGGUUAUGUCAAUCAUUUACAGGGGAUUUAUUAGAUGGAAUUGGUGUUAAUGAUGCCAUUCAAGUGACACACUGACCUCUGGACUAUUAGAAAUUUCAAAAAAUUAAAAGGUCUUGUGGGUAUCAUUUCAGCUCUUGUUACUAUUUUACUUAUGUACCAUUUUAAUUUUAGGGAUGAAUCUGAAUUGCAGAAUGUGACUUUGUGAUGCAA